CUGGGGACAGCGCUCGCGCGGUCUGGGAGUGUCGUCUCGCUCCGCCCCGCGCACACGCUGUACCCAGUCAACCGCACGGCCCGGCCCGGCACGUGACGGGGGGCGGCGCCCAGCAAGCCGGGUGGUGGUGGGGCGGAGAGGAGCAAACUGCUGCGUCUUGGGCGGCGGCAGCAGCUCGGGCAUGGCGGCACUCUACGGCGGCGUGGAGGGGGGAGGCUCACGGUCCAAGGUCCUUUUACUGUCAGAGGAUGGGCAGAUUGUGGCAGAAGCAGAUGGACUCAGCACAAAUCACUGGCUAAUCGGGAUAGACAAGUGUGUGGAGAGGAUCAACGAGAUGGUGAACAGGGCCAAACUGGAAGCAGGGCUGGAUCCUCUGGUCCCUCUACGAAGCCUGGGCUUGUCCCUGAGCGGUGGGGAGCAGGAGGACGCACUGAGGGUCCUGACAGAGUUGCUGAAGAACCGAUUUCCCCACCUGAGCGACAGCUACUUAAUUACCACAGACGCUGCGGGCUCCAUCGCCACAGCGACAGAGGCUGGUGGGAUCGUGCUCAUCUCUGGGACAGGUUCCAACUGCAGGCUCAUCAACCCCGAUGGCUCGGAGAGUGGCUGUGGUGGCUGGGGCCACAUGAUGGGGGACGAGGGCUCAGCCUACUGGAUUGCACACCAAGCAAUGAAAAUAGUGUUUGACUCUAUCGACAACCUGGAGGCGGCUCCUCAUGACAUUGGCUUCAUGAAAUACAUCAUGUUUGACUAUUUCCAGGUGUCAGACCGGCUAGGAAUCCUCACCCACCUUUAUAGGGACUUUGAUAAAUGCCGAUUUGCUGGGUUUUGCCAGAAAAUUGCAGAAGGUGCUCGGGAGGGGGACGCCCUCUCCCGGUUUAUCUUCAGGAAGGCUGGGGAGAUGCUGGGCAGACACGUGGUGGCAGUGUUGCCUGAGAUCGACCCGGUCUUAUUCCAGGGGGAGAUGGGCCUCCCCAUCCUGUGUGUGGGCUCUGUGUGGAAGAGCUGGGAGCUGCUGAAGAAAGGUUUCCUUCUGGCGCUGACCCAGGGCCGAGAGACCCAGGCCCAGAACUCCUUCUCUAGCUUCACCCUACUGAAGCUGCGACAUUCCUCUGCCCUGGGUGGGGCCAGCCUCGGGGCCAGGCACAUCGGGCACCGCCUCCCCAUGGACUAUGCUUCCAACGCUGUUGCCUUCUACUUCCACACCUUCUCCUAGGGGGCUGGCCCUGGCUCCACCCCGCCGAGCCCUGUGGACAUUGGGUGCUGGAAAGGAGGCUUUUUUUUUUCUUUUUUUAAACAAACAAACAAACACACACAUAUAAAAGAAAAUAAAUGCACUUUAUCCACUCCUCUCAGUUA